UCCUGAAAAAUGACAGGUAUAAAAAGCGAAGAGCUAUUUGCUGCACGUCACGUAUUUUCAAAACGUUUUCCAGACCUUUGUACCUGCUGCCUUUUGACCCACGGUGACCUUUGAAGAACCGCCUGCCAUAAAAACCUCAGCAAAUGUGAUAAUUCUCAAAUGACCAGGUCACACCUGAGUGAGCAAAAGUCACCAAACAGCACCUCCACUUAGCCCAAAGUGUUUGUUUUUCCUUUUUUUCCUUGUUUGUCUUUAGCCCAGGCGACGGCUUUCUUCAACAGCCACCACUGAAACUGAGGGGAUUUGCAGGAUGGCUGCCACGCCACCUCAUCCAUCAAUUAUCCAUGUCAGCGACAUUUGCAAUAGGUUGCAGCAGAGAGGCGAGGAUGUGACCUGCUUCUCAACACCUGUCAGACCUUGAGAAAGAAUAGGGGGAGACAAAUAACUUUAACACCAAGCUGUGUCUGACGGUUCUGUGCAAUCCCUAAAAAUAGAAAUUCCUUCUUAAUGCAGCUGGAUUACACAAGCGCGCAGACGAGUUCUUUCCUUUUCGUGCCUGAGUUGGCUUUUUCCUUCUUUUCUUUUUGAUCACACAUGAACUGUUUUAGUGGUUUAAUAAGUCACUUUCAUCAAACUUACAGCUUCAAUAGAGACAGUCUGGCCAAGGGGGAGUUGUAAGCUCUGAGGUAUGCAUGCACAUAGAUUUACACAAUGCCGAGAAAAGGUCCAUAUGUUUUUAAAAAAAGCGUGGCAAAUGAGUGACAGAUGAAUCGCAUACUGAAAUGCAGGAAACGCUUUGAGGAACCCCAGCAGGAAGUGGGGAAAAAAUAGCAGUGUCCCAACUCCCAGGCUCCACCCAACUAAUCUCCCCGCCAUACACACUUUUUUGAGCCCGUGUUGCAUAGUGAUUCAAGGGGAAUCUUGUGGCAGCUAUUAAUAAAGUGUGUUGACAGGCUCAGUCAUAAUCAGACCCUGACCGUUCCUUUCAUGCUGUGCAGAGGACGAGGGACGGAGGGACUGUCGUUGGAUGAGAGCUGACAUAAGUGGAAGGAGAGAGGUGGCCAAAAUAUUGAAGACUCGCUGAGGCCCUCUCCCAAGGCCUGUAUCAGUCACCACAGACCAACCCUGCCUACAGGGACCCUCCAUAUAAAAGUCCUCGGAUUUGGUGCUCAAAAUGCAAAAUCUAACGACAGAAACAACAGACGGUUUAGAACUGGCAUGUGGUAUGUCUGGAAACCAUGAAAUAAUUUUCACCCUGGUACCCAUCGUCUAUGGCUGUAUUUUUGUCAUCGGCAUUGUCGGAAACAGCAUGGUGGUGGCUGUCAUCUACUGCUAUAUGAAGCUUAAGACGGUGGCCAACAUUUUCGUCCUGAAUCUUGCCGUGUCUGACCUCACGUUUCUCAUCACUCUACCAAUGUGGGCUACCUACACCGCCAAAGAGUAUAGUUGGCCCUUUGGAGGAUUCCUGUGCAAGGCCAGUGCAGGGCUGGUGAUUUUUAACAUCUACACCAGCAUCUUCUUCCUCACAGCGCUCAGCCUAGACCGUUACCUGGCUAUUGUGCAUCCAAUGCGAUCGAGGCGCUUCCGCACAAUGGUGUAUGCGCGUCUCACCUGUGUGGUGAUCUGGCUUUUUGCCUUCGUGCUCAGUGUGCCCACAGCGGUGAUCAGGGAUCUCCACGACAUCUCGCACUCUAACACUACAGUGUGCGGCAUUCUGCACCCAACUGAAGAAAAUGAAAUGUGGUUGAAAGAGCUCCGCCUCGCCAUCAGCCUCAUGAAGAUCCUGCUGGGCUUCCUGGUGCCCUUUGUCAUCAUCCUCACUUGUUAUUGCCUUAUUGGGCAGGCGCUGCUGGGGGCCACGCACAUACAGAAGAGCUCUCGUUCGCGGGACGACGAGGUACUGCGCAUGCUCGCAGCGGCUGUCUUGGCUUUUUUCUUGUGCUGGGCGCCACACCAGGUAUUCCACUUCAUGGAGGUGCUCACCCAACUGAAACUUGUGAACAAAUGCUCCAUCGUGGAACUCAUUGACACCGCCAUACCCUUCACCAUAUGCAUUGCCUACUUCAAUAGCUGCGUGAACCCUAUCGUGUACAGCUUCGUGGGGCACAACUUUCGCAAAAACUUACUCCAUCUGCUGCGUUGCUCCCGAGGUGCAGUUCCCGGGCCUCACCCAAGCAUUAGCUCCAAGAUGAGUGCGCUCUCUUUUCGCGCCUCAGAGGCACUGAGCCUUACAGUCAAAAAGAAUGCCUCCUCUGACGUGAAGUAAAAGGGGGAAAAAGAGAGAGAGAGAGAGAGAAACAGGGUACAUUUGACCUCUCCUCGCUCUUUCAGUUUGAGGUCAAAGACCUGGGGAUGGAGACAUUCCAUGCUUUUUUUUUCUCCAUGCCCAACUGUAUUACCCAGCACUGAAACAUCCACAAUGAUUGUAAUGUUGUGCACAUGUUUCUCUGUAGUUGCAGAAUAUUUAUUCAUAUACCAUUCCAUGUCACAUAGCAUGCUGGCAAAUUUUCCCAUCUAACCCUAUGAAAUGAAUGAGAGUGUCACAAAAAAGCCAUAUUAAUAUAGUAUGGCUCUGCAAGAAAAUAUUAUACAGAAUUACUGAACACUUAUCCCAUUAUUUAUAAAAAGAUAUGCAUGUUCUGCAAAAUUAUGUCAGCAUUGUGCCUUAAUGAUACAGUGCAGUACUAUAGUGUCUAGUGAUAACUAUCCUUUGCUCUCAGCAAGUCGUUCACUAGUUGGAACAAUGCUAAAAAAAAAGUGCUAAGCCACUCAUGAAUGCUCUGCCAGUGGCAACAUACAUGAAAUAAUUGGAAUUGUAUUGCAAAAUGUCAUGUAAAUGUAUAUUUGCAGCAUAUCUGACUUCAGUAACUAUUUUCUGUAUGUUAUAUAGUAUAGUCAGACUAUGUCCUCUUUGUGAAAAUGUAUAUUUGUUUGCAUAUCAACACUGAAAUGCUACCAAGUCUGGGAGUGACAUGCUAUCAAAAAUGGAGUGCCAUGUAAAUAAUCCAGGCUGGGAGAUCAUUGUCAGUGUCUUUGGUGGUUGUCUUUGUGGUAUUUAAACUUGACAGGUGUGUGUGUUUUUUUAUACUGUGUAGGUGUACAUUUUGUGAAUAGGAAAAUAUAAUUAAAAAGAAAUAAAAUACA